AUGCCUAGAAUCCAUACAUUAUCAGAUAUAGGUGAGUGCAAAAAACUUGGAGACAUACCAUCAAAUCGAUAUCCGCCUAGUCGAACGGAACUUGAAAACCAGCUUGCUUGUGCAAACCGAGAUCGAGAAAUUGCUAUAGAAUGUGGCAAUCGACUUGCCAAUAAAUGUUCUGUCUUAGAUAAAGACAAUAAGCGUAUACAACGUGAUCUAAAACAAUCUAAUAAUGAUAAAGAAAAACUCUCCAAGCAUACCUACCAGCUUAUAAAUGAGGUUAAGCGAUUGAGCUCAGAGUCAGACACUUUAACAUCUCAAAUUAACCAAUUACAGAUUUCCAAUACUAAAUAUGGAGCCAAGGAUAUUAUUCGAUUGAAAAAAAUAAAAUCACUCCAGUCAAUGAACAAAAUAUUAAAUAGUAAGUUAGCGUCAGCUCAGAAGGAUGCAUUCUCAAUUCAGGAAAACUUAUCGAAAACGGAAUCUGAGAAUCUAUCCCUUAAAUCCAAAAUAGCUGAAGUGAAACGGGAGUUAGUUUCAACGGUUAGUGAUCUUGAGCGUCUGAAAUCGGAGGAUAUAUCAAACCCCGUACUUGGUGGAAACGACGAAAAAAAUAUGACCGAGUCUGACUCACGGAGUGAGGAUGCUAUCGCAUCUGAUAUAUCUGCAGUAUUGCAAAGCAGGCCAUUGGGCGAUGAAUUGGAAAUUCGAGACUCUGUCUCUUCUCUGAAUCAUGACACUUACGUGUCUAAUGAGGAAUCAGAGAUUCGAGGCUAUGCCUCACCCAGCAAAAGUCUCAGACGAUAUUUUGUAUCCGGAAAAAGUAUGGAUCAAGCUGAAAAAAACGAUACCGAGAUUAGUUCUAAGGUAAGUGAGGGAACUAACAUUAACGAAAUUAGUGAGGACAUUAUAUCCCGAUCUCAAGGCUCGAAGAGUCAUGAUUAUUUGAAUCGCCUAGGCACGCAAGUGCCAUUGUUCCACAAUACGGCCUGCUCCGCAAUAGAGCUACCACGGCUAAAAAAUGUGAGACCUUUCCUUCCAGCUGAUUCUCCUUCUCCGAUUGAAUCGCACUCUAAAAUUCCAGUAGAAACAAUUCCAAUGAUUGCAUUGCUUUUACUUGCUUUGUUAAUUAUCGUUACUAUAUGGAUUACGUUUAUUAAACCUAAUGGAAAACAUCUGAAGAAAAUAUUUUUUCAAAAUAUAUAA